UGCAGCGAGGCUGCAGCAUUCACACAGACAGAAGUCAACCUGUUGGACAGCUGAUCCUGCUGCUCUGCUACUCUCACUGACUGUCUGUCUGGGAACAGCCGACUCUCGUCCUCAUAGCUCUGUGAUUCAGCCCACACUCUGGAUUACCGCACAUUUCCUGCAGUUUCAUGAGUUGGAAUCCUGAACUGUGGCUGCAGUGAUGAGAUCCUCUGUCCUAGGAUCAGUUCUCAGUGCUCUUCUCUUGCUGCUGCGGGAGCCUGCAUGCCGGGGAGAUGAGGUUACCUCCAACACAGUGAACCCAUGCUGUUAUAUCCCCUGUCAGCACUGGGGAGUAUGUGUGAGGUAUGCUGAGGACAAAUAUGAGUGUGAUUGCACUCGCACCGGCUACUACGGAGAAAACUGCACUGUCCCGGAGUUUUGGACCAGAGUCCGUCAUUUCUUCAAGCCCAGCCCAGAUGUGGUGCAUUACAUUCUCACACAUUUCCGCUGGCUCUGGGACAUCAUCAACUAUACUUUCCUACGAGACGUUCUGAUGCGGCUGGUUCUAACAGUUAGGUCCAACUUAAUACCCAAUCCUCCAACCUUCAACUCAAAAUAUGGCUAUCUCAGCUGGGAAUCCUACUACAAUCUGAGCUACUACACUCGGAUUCUGCCCCCAGUGCCACUGGACUGCCCUACACCUCUAGGAGUCAAAGGCAAGGCUGGGCUUCCUGACCCUGAGCUCCUGGUUGAGAGGCUGCUGAAGAGAAGGACCUUCAGACCCGACCCCCAGGGCUCCAACCUCAUGUUCGCCUUCUUUGCGCAGCACUUCACCCACCAGUUCUUUAAGACCUACAAUCGCAUGGGUCUGGGCUACACGAAGGCUCUAGCACAUGGGGUGGAUGCAGGCCACGUUUAUGGAGACAACCUGGAACGUCAGCUCCUGCUCAGACUUCACAAAGAUGGAAAACUUAAGUAUCAGUUAAUUGAUGGAGAGAUAUACCCUCCCUCUGUAGCUGACGCACCUGUUAAGAUGAGCUACCCCCCUGGGAUCCCACCAGAGAGUCAGAUUGCUAUUGGUCAGGAAGUGUUCGGACUCCUCCCUGGUUUGGGAAUGUACGCUACACUGUGGCUGAGGGAGCAUAACCGAGUCUGUGACAUCCUGAAAGCAGAGCAUCCCACAUGGGAUGAUGAACAGCUUUUCCAGACCUCCCGCCUCAUCAUCAUUGGUGAGACAAUACGAAUAGUGAUCGAGGAGUACGUUCAGCACCUCAGUGGAUACCUGUUACAGCUGAAGUUUGAUCCUACCCUGCUGUUCAACACCCAGUUCCAGUAUGGGAACCGUAUCGCUCUGGAGUUCAGCCAGCUCUACCACUGGCACCCCUUAAUGCCUGACAGCUUCCUCAUUAACGGAGAUGAAGUGUCUUACACACAGUUCCUCUUCAACACUUCUGUUCUCACACACUAUGGCGUGGACACGCUGGUGGAUGCCUUCUCUCGACAAGUUGCCGGCCAGAUAGGAGGGGGCCAUAACAUCAAUCCUGUGGUGACCAAAGUAGCUGUGGGGGCCAUCAAAGAGUCGCGGCAGCUCCGCAUGCAAUCCUUCAACGAGUACAGGAAACGCUUUAACCUUAAGCCGUACACAUCGUUCAGACAAUUCACUGAUAACGAGGAGAUAGCCCGCGAGCUUGAAGAGUUAUAUGGUGACAUUGAGGCUCUUGAAUUUUAUCCCGGCAUGAUGUUGGAGAGAACACGAGCGGGGGCCAUAUUUGGGGAGAGCAUGGUGGAGAUGGGCGCCCCAUUCUCCCUUAAAGGCCUUCUGGGAAACCCUAUAUGUUCUCCAGAUUACUGGAAGCCCAGCACCUUUGGAGGCAAAGUUGGCUUUGACAUAGUGAACUCCGCCACGCUGAAGAAGCUGGUGUGUCUGAACACCAGGACGUGUCCGUAUGUGGCAUUUAGAGUACCAGCAGAGGAGCAGUCACAAAGAGGGAAAGAUGACAGUAAAGGAAGGACUGAUGAUAAAAUCAGAAUUUACACCAAUGCAACUUUAGAGUACUACACUGUCACAAAGAAUAAGGUGGAAACUGUCGUAAUGACGACCUUGGACGACAAGAUUCUGGGAGAGAAGCUGCAGUACUACUACAGCAGCAGUGAGGACGAAGGCAGCGACAACGAGGAUGAAGAAGGGGAGAGCAAGACCAUCCGGGACGCCAACGUCGGGGAGCCUGAGAUUGAUUACAGUGCAGAUGGAAGUGCUGUCAACACAGGACCGAAGGGUGUGAUCAAUGACUGGAGGAAGUACAAGCAGCUGGAAGUGGAGCAGAAGCAAGAGCAGAAGAAAGAGAUGGAAAGACUGAUCAAGAAGCUGUCGAUGACCUGCCGCUCUGACCUCGACCUGCAAAAAGACAAGGAGAAACAGAAAGAGCUGCAGGAGAAAAUCCAAGGCAAAAUGACCAUGCAGGAGUACAACAUGCUCCAGGAAGAAGAAGACGACGAAGACUUCCUUCAGCAUUACCGCAUGCAGCGCAUUGAAGAGAUGCGGCGCCAGCUCUGCCGCGGCAAACGUUUCGAGCAGGUUUACGAGCUCAACAGCGGAGAGGACUUCCUGGAGGCUUUAGACAAAGAGGACAAAAGCACGCUGGUCAUGAUCCACAUCUAUGAGCCCGACGUCCCGGGCUGCGAGGCCAUGAGCGGCAGCCUGAUGUGUCUGGCUCAGGAAUACCCGCUGGUCAAGUUCUGCAGCGUACGCAGCUCGGCCAUCAGCACCAGCGCGCUGUUCAGAGGCAGCGCUCUGCCCGCCCUGCUGGUUUACAAAGGAGGGGACCUGAUCGGCAACUUCGUGCGGCUCACGGACCAGCUCGGGGAGGAUUUCUUUGCUGUGGACGUGGAGGCCCUGCUGCAGGAGUACGGCCUGCUGCCCGAUAAGUCCCCCGUUGUCCCGAAGACCAUCCGCAAUGGAGCCAUCAUACAGAGCAAUCAGAGUGAUGAGGACUCUGACCUUGACAUAGACUAGAGCCAUAUUAUAUAACUUCCAUUAUAUGCUUGGGAAACAUGCGCACACUGUCUGCAUGGACUAUAGAUUAUUUACAUGUAUGUGGACCCCAUCGUAGUGAUGACGGACCGAGCCAGGACCGCCAUUCAAUACUCACACAGCAACGUACAACCAGCAGUGAAGCAGAACCAAAAGUAAAUGCACACACACACUACGAGCCGGUGGGCGUUCAUCAUGAUAUCAUCAUUCCAUGGUAAAUAUGAGUUAUAUUUAAUGAGAGUAAGUACUAGGCAUUAUCAUCAUCGAGGCAUAAUGAGAAUGAUGUAGGUUAAAAUGUUUUGUUUGAGCUGUGACUGUUGACUAUUUAUUCAUUGUGUAAAAACACAUUUCCCUGUUCUGUUUCAUGUGUAUCUUCACUGUAUUACAUGUGUUUCACUCUGUAGAAUAAGAAACCUUCAGCCCCAAACUGACUUUUAGUUAGUUUUAUAACUUUUAUAUGUGCUGGACCAUUUCAAAUAGUGGGAAAAAUAAACAAGUGUUUGGACUCCCUG